AUGGGGAAGAUUGCAUUCUUUGAGGAUAAGAACUUCGAAGGCCGCCGCCAUGAGUGCAGCGCCGACGCUCCCGACCUGCGCUCCUACUUCGGCCGUUGCAACUCCGUCAAGGUGGAGAGCGGCUGCUGGGUGCUGUACGAGCAUCCCGACUACACGGGCUACCAGUACAUCCUGAGCCCCGGGGAAUACCCUGAUCCCCAACAGUGGAUGGGAUUCAAUGAUAGCAUCAAGUCAUGUCGCUCGAUCAAAAAUGUACACGGAAAGUCCUGGAAGAUCAGGUUCUACGAGAGGAAGGGUUUCGAAGGCCAGGCGGCGGAGUGCGCCGAGGAUUGCGCGUCGGUUUUCGAGGCCUUCAAGUUCCGGGAAGUCCACUCCUCCGUGGUAACGGAUGGCGCCUGGGUCCUCUACGAGCGGCCCGACUACCAGGGGCGCCAGUACUUCCUGGAACGGGGCGAGUACCGCGACUUCACGGACUGGGGCGCCACCUCCCCCGCCGCGGGUUCCUUCCGCAUGAUCACAGAGUUCUAGACCGGCGGUGGCCACGCCCCCUAAAAGAGAUGCAUCAACAACUGAAGACCACCAAAGUUCUAGAACCCUUCAGAAAAAGUUCCAGGUCGCCCAAUAAGGUUCCAACUACCUCCAGAGUUCCAGAACCCUUCACGGCGUUCAGCGUUCCGGAAGAUUCCAGAACAUCUGUGCGUCUCCCCAGAACCCACCAGUGUUGCCCUCGAGUUAAUAAAAGUAUUUAUUGCC